GCCCCGCAGCCCGGGGCGAGGGCGAGGAGGGGGCUAGGGGUGGGGGGAGCGGGAGAAGGGAAGAAAGCGGCUCGCGAGGAGGAACCGAGAAAACUUUCCACCCUGGAUUCUCUACUUUUGAUCCAUGGACAGAGCCCAACUCAGCCAACUUACAGCCAGGCUCUAAGCAGUCCGUGCUCCUUCUACUGCGAUCUGCCAGCGGGAGCCGCGUCCCCGAGCAUGGAGCGGAGGAGCGAGAGCCCCUGCCUGCGGGACAGCCCCGACAGAGGCAGCGGCAGCCCCGAUGUCAAAGGGCCCCCCCCCGGGAAGGUGGCCAGGCUGGAGCAGAACGGCAGCCCCAUGGGCACCCGCGGGAGGCCCAACGGCGCCGUCGCCAAGCCCGUGGGAGGUUUGAUGAUUCCAGUCUUUUGUGUGGUGGAGCAGUCGGAUGCCUCUCUUGAAUAUGAUAAUCGAGAAGAGCAUGCUGAGUUCGUUCUGGUUCGCAAAGAUGUGCUCUUUAGCCAGCUGGUGGAGACAGCGCUCCUGGCUCUGGGGUAUUCCCACAGCUCUGCGGCUCAGGCACAAGGAAUAAUCAAGCUUGGGAGGUGGAAUCCCCUCCCUCUCAGUUAUGUGACCGAUGCACCAGAUGCAACAGUAGCUGACAUGCUACAAGAUGUCUAUCAUGUUGUGACACUGAAAAUCCAAUUACAAAGUUGUUCCAAGUUGGAAGACUUGCCAGCAGAGCAGUGGAACCAUGCCACAGUUCGCAAUGCCUUAAAGGAACUGCUCAAAGAGAUGAAUCAGAGCACAUUAGCCAAAGAAUGCCCUCUUUCACAGAGUAUGAUUUCAUCCAUUGUAAAUAGCACAUACUAUGCCAAUGUAUCAGCAACCAAGUGCCAGGAGUUUGGGAGAUGGUACAAGAAGUACAAGAAGAUUAAAGUGGAAAGAGUGGAAAGAGAAAACCUUUCAGACUAUUGUGUUCUUGGUCAACGUCCCAUGCACUUACCAAAUAUCAACCAACUGGCAACUUUGGGAAAAACUAACGAACAGUCUCCUCAUGGCCAAAUUCACCACAGUACUCCAAUCCGAAACCAAGUGCCAACGAUGCAGACAAUGAUAAACCCUGGGCUCCUGUCUCCUCAGCUCAGUCCACAACUGGUGAGGCAGCAGAUAGCAAUGGCCCAUCUGAUAAACCAGCAGAUUGCCGUCAGCCGGCUAUUGGCUCACCAGCACCCACAAGCUAUCAACCAGCAGUUCUUGAAUCAUCCACCCAUCCCUAGAGCUGUCAAACCAGAGCCAUCAAAUUCAUCGGUGGAAGUCUCUCCAGAUAUUUACCAGCAAGUCAGAGAUGAGCUGAAGAGAGCCAGUGUAUCUCAAGCUGUCUUUGCAAGAGUAGCAUUCAACCGCACACAGGGCUUGUUGUCUGAGAUCCUGCGUAAAGAAGAAGACCCUAGGACAGCUUCCCAGUCCCUCCUGGUAAACUUAAGGGCGAUGCAGAAUUUCCUCAACUUGCCUGACUCGGAACGGGAUCGAAUCUAUCAGGAUGAGAGAGAGAGAAGCAUGAACCCUAAUGUGAGCAUGGUGUCUUCAGCAGCCAGCAGCCCAAGCUCCUCUAGAACCCCCCAGGCCAAAACCUCGACACCAACAACAGACCUCCCCAUUAAGGCGGACGGCGCCAACGUCAACAUCACAGCUGCCAUUUAUGACGAGAUCCAACAGGAGAUGAAAAGGGCCAAGGUAUCUCAAGCUCUGUUUGCCAAGGUGGCUGCCAAUAAAAGUCAGGGCUGGCUGUGCGAGUUACUUCGCUGGAAAGAAAACCCAAGUCCAGAAAACCGCACCCUCUGGGAGAACCUCUGCACCAUUCGGCGCUUCCUGAAUCUUCCUCAGCACGAGAGGGAUGUGAUCUAUGAGGAGGAGUCCAGACAUCACCACAGUGAGCGUAUGCAGCAUGUUGUCCAGCUCACUCCUGAGCCCGUGCAGGUGCUGCACAGACAGCAGUCCCAGCCUGCAAAGGAGAGCUCCCCACCCAGAGAAGAGGCUCCUCCUCCACCCACUGAGGACAGUUGCGCCAAAAAGCCCAGAUCCCGCACCAAGAUAUCCCUGGAAGCUCUAGGUAUCCUUCAAAGCUUUAUCCAUGAUGUAGGUCUCUACCCUGAUCAGGAAGCCAUUCAUACCCUCUCUGCUCAGCUGGAUCUCCCCAAACACACCAUCAUCAAAUUUUUCCAGAACCAGCGUUACCAUGUAAAGCAUCAUGGGAAGCUAAAAGAGCAUUUGGGAACAGUGGUUGAUGUAGCAGAGUACAAGGAUGAGGAGCUGCUGACAGAGUCGGAGGAGAACGACAGCGAGGAGAGCUCAGAAGAGAUGUACAAAGUGGAGCCUGAGGAAGAAAACCCUGACAAAAGCAAGGCAGCUCCAGCAGACAUCGACCAGAGAUAAUGUGAGAUAGGAACACAGAAAGCAAUACAGUGAUCCAAGGA